AUGGCGGCGGCUGUGGCGGUGGCGGGGCCUGGGGAGGAGGCAGCGGGCCUUGAGCCCGAGCCCAGCGGCUCCAUCCGGCGCUACCUGGCCCGGCUCGGCGCGCUGCGGCCCCUGCCCGGCCCGGAUCGGGAGGGCGAGAGCGGCCGCCGCACCGAGCUGCACCUGCUGUUCGACCAGCUCAUCUCCGAGAACUGCGGCCCGGGGGCGCCGGGGCCCACGGGGGCGCCGAGCCCGCAGGAUGUUUGUGCUCUACUUGUUCAAGCCUGUCAACUGGUUCAUCUCAAUCAGGAACAUCUUGUCAACAAAGUUUGUCAGCUCAUUCAUCAUUUACUUAACAGAUUCCAGAUAGUGGUUGAUGAACAGAAUUUGGAUUUUCUUCUGUCCUAUUCCAUCUCUGCUCUCAAACAGUGCAGCUCUUGGACACACACUGAAAUUCUGCAAGCCUUAGCAGCUCUUGUUUACAACAAUGGACCUAAUUGUCAGAAGUAUCUCCCGGAUUUGCUGGGGAAGAGCGGACUGUUGGUACAGUUCAGUGAUCUUGCUCAGCCUGACGUGGAACUCAGGAGGGCAGCAGUACACAGCAUGGCAAAUCUAUGUCUCAGUGUGCCUGGACAGCCAUACUUAGAUGAGUCUUACAGAAGUCUGUGCUUUCAAACUUUCCUAAGUGUGUUACAGUCUUCAAAAACUUCUGAUGUAGAUGACAUCACUUUUUGUAUGCUGUUACAGAAUGCUCUGAAAGGUAUCCAGUCACUCUUAAAUGGUGGGAAGAUGAAGCUAAUGCAGACUGAUCAGCUUGGGUCCCUUCUUGCUGUAUUAAAGAAAUGCAUGUUCUAUGGGCUUCCUGGACUGAACGUGGAAAUGCCUGCAGUCUUGUACCCAGCUCCACUUCCUCAGUAUGAUGGACGAUCACCUGUCAAACAAGAGCAGUCAGAAUUGAGCACCAUUAAGCAAACAGGGACCCGAAGGAAAAAGUCCAAGGCGAAACAAAAGAAAGGACAAUUGGGGGAAGAAGUGAAAGAAGAAUUAGAAAGUGAUGUAGGAGAUGGAGCAAUCCAUGGAAUGGAUAUAUUUCAGUUACAUUCAGGCAAUGCACAAAAUAGUCCUUGUCUAAAUCCCUGGAAUCGUACAUUAGAUGCUGCAUACAUGCCUGCUGGAAAGGAUCACUUAUCAUGCCAUCCCAGCUGGAAAAGGAUCAGCAGCAGUGAGUCGGAGUAUUCUGAUGCUGAAGGUGGAAUACAAAGCAAAAUGAGAUCGUAUCAAGCCAAAGUUCGUCAAGGGGCUUUAGCCUGUUUCCUUUCCACUAUCAAAUCAAUAGAAAAAAAAGUUCUUUAUGGCUACUGGUCAGCAUUUGUUCCUGAUACACCUGGAAUAGGCAGCCCACAGUCUGUGUCCUUGAUGACUAUUGCAUUGAAGGAUCCCUCUCCAAAGACUCGGGCCUGCGCUCUUCAAGUUCUCUCCGCCACCUUGGAAGGUUCUAAGCAGUUCCUUUCUGUUGCUGAAGACGCACAUGACCAUAAAAGAGCUUUCACUCCUUUCUCUGUAACGAUUGCUUCCAGCAUCAGAGAGUUGCAUCGCUGUCUGCUGCUAGCCCUGGUGGCAGAAUCCUCCUCACAAACCCUUACACAAAUCAUCAAGUGCCUUGCAAAUUUGGUAUCGAAUGCACCGUACAGCCGUUUAAAACCGGGUCUAUUGACAAGAGUUUGGAACCAGAUAAAGCCCUACAUUCGUCAUAAAGAUGUUAAUGUUCGGGUUUCUAGCCUCACGUUGUUAGGCGCUGUCGUAUCCGCUCAAGCUCCUUCACCAGAAGUACAGUUACUUCUGCAACAGCCCAGUUCUUCCGGACUAAGUAACAGCGGCACCGCCACCCCUCAUCGCGUCAGUUCCUCUGAGUGGUGGCGAAGAGCCCCACCUUCGCAAGGGGAACCCACGGACAAUUGGGAGAGUUCGUCUUCAGAGCCUUGUUGGCUCAUACGUCUUUGUAUCUCCACUGUUGUUCUGCCCAGAGAUGAUUCCUAUUCUGAUAGCGAUACUAGCUUCACAGCUGGUACUGUCUAUGAACCAUCUCCUGUUCGACUGGAAUCUUUACAGGUCUUGGCACUUCUUGUGAAGGGCUAUUUCUCUGUGGCUCAGAGCUAUUUGUUAGAGCUUGGAGAGGUGGCUUGCAAAUGCAUGGAGGAAACAGAUCCGUCCAUUCAGCUCCACGGUGCCAAACUUCUGGAGGAGCUGGGCACAGGCAUAGUACAACAGCAUAAACCAGAUUCAACCAUUGCUGUCAGUGAGAAAGUACCUGUCAACUUGGUUGUAACCUUUUGGACUAUGAUGUUAAAUGGCCCUUUACCUGGUGCCCUUCAGAAUGCUCAACAUCCUACCCUUCAGACAAGUGCCUGUGAUGCUCUUUCUUCUAUCUUACCGGAAGCUUUCGGCAGUCUGCGGGAUGACCGACAGAUACUGUGCAUCACGCUACUGCUGGGGCUGAAUCACAGUGAGAAUCCCCUGGUGAAAGCUGCUGCUGCACGAGCCCUUGGAGUCUACGUCCUCUUCUCAUGUCUUAGGCAGGAUGUGAUGUUUGUUGCCGACACAGCAAAUGCUAUCCUGAAUUCCCUCCAGGACAAGUCUCCAAACGUCCGUGCCAAAGCAGCCUGGUCCUUGGGCAACCUUACAGACACGCUGAUUGUCAACAUGGAAAUGAUGGGGCAGAGCUUCCAAGAGGAAUUCUCAGACCUCCUACUACUGAAAAUGUUACGAUCAGCAACUGAAGCAUCCAAGGACAAAGACAAGGUAAAGAGCAAUGCAGUCCGGGCCCUAGGAAAUCUGCUUCAUUUCCUUCAACCAUAUCACAUAGUAAAACCCAGAUUUAGUGAAACCAUUAAGGAAUCCAUUCAGGCCCUUAUUUCUACUGUCCAGAGUGAGGCCACCAUGAAAGUACGGUGGAAUGCAUGUUAUGCGCUGGGAAACGUAUUUAAAAACCCUGCCUUGCCACUUGGAGAAGCUCCUUGGACUGCACAAGCCUAUAAUGUUCUUACAUCAGUGGUGAAAUCAUGCAAGAAUUUCAAAGUCCGAAUCAAAUCUGCCAUGGCCCUCUCCAUCCCUACCCAAAGGGAGCGCUACGGAACCACUGAACAGUUUUCCCAGAUCUGGAGUGCGUUGGUUAUAGCUUUGCAGAAGAGUGAAGACACCGAGGACUUUCUGGAGUUCAAAUACAGUGCCAGCCUGAGAACGCAGAUCUGCCAGGCUCUGAUUCAUUUGUUAAGCUUGGCAAACAGUACAGACCUGCCAUUCAUUAGGAAAACUAUAGCAGAAAAUGGGGAUGUGAUCAGAUCCUAUGUCUUGCAAUAUAUGAAAUCGGGGGUUGAAGAAGAUGAAGCAGGAAUACACACAAACUCCCAUGAAAGAGACAGAUUAUUGAAAAGAGCUAUUGAGCACAUUUGUGGUAUUGAGGAACUGUCAGAAGGCAAAGCUAAAGUAGUAGUAGCUGCUUAUCUAGAAGAUAUCUUGACAAACCACAUCAACUCCACUGAAUUGACGGAGGCUUAGGAAGAGAAAUCCAUUGCAGUAAAUUGUGCCUUCUGAUUAUAUGCAGAGGGAAGUACACCGCUUCCAUGUAUGCAAGAUGUCCAGGAGAGAGGUUUCCUAUUAGCAACAUUAAAACAUUUCUUUCAAACUUAUUUGAAUCAGUUGAAACUCUUGAGAAAAAGUUCUACAAUGCUGAGAAAAAACAUUUAAUCUCAUUUACUUUCCUACUAUUUAGUUUGUUGUAAAUUGUCUCCAUUUGGUUUGGCUGGUGACUGAGCUGAUACAGAGUUAUCACUCUGAAAACAAAUGUCUUUUUAUUCUUUGUAUAUUUUAUAAGAACAGAGCCUUUUUAUGAGCUCGUUUCCAAAGCCUUUUAUCACGGUUGGCUGCUAUCUUCAAAAGCUUGCCCACAAAGGACACGGGCAGAAUUGGUAUUUUCUGCCUUAGCUUUUCUGGAAAUCAGAUUGAUCAUAAAUAUGGAGAGUUGGUAUACUCUUCUCAGCAUGACACAUUUGUCACAUU